CCGCGGGAUCCUGAGGGACACGGGCACCGCCCCCGCCGGGGAGCCGCGGGAUCGGGAUCCUGAGGGACACGGGCACCGCCCCCGCCGGGGAGCCGCGGGAUCGGGAUCCUGAGGGACACGGGCACGGGCACCGCCACCCGCUGCGGACAUGGGUCCAAAACCAAAAAAAAAGUCCGAUGGCAAAAGUGGAAAAUCGAAGAAAGGGAAGGAAGCGAGGCGGAGAGCUGAAGCUCAGUUACGAGCUGAACAAGAAGAAGCAGAAAGACUUGAGAAGGAGAGACUUUAUCAAGAGCACUUGGCAAAGCUAGAGGCAAAGUAUCAAGAAGGGAGGGAGACUGAACUAGCAGAACUGAAUUCACUGGAACAGAAGUUUCUUUCUGCACAGCAGUGGAAAAUGGAUUACAGAGAACAAGCCAAGUGGGAGCAUUACCUCAGCUGUGAUGGGACUCCUGACCCCACUGUUCCUCGGGAAAUCAACACUUUCGUGAGCUUGUGGCGUGACGACCACGAUGAGGACAUUCAGCAUGUGAUGGGGAAGGAGGAAGUGGUCCUAAAUCUGAUUGAGAAGUUGGAGUUUCUUCUAUUGGAGGCAUCACCAGAUGAGAUCACAGAAGAACAACGAGACCAGUACCAGGAAUUGAUUUUGCAGUUGCAGGAUCUGCUUCAUCAGAAGUACAACCAGGCAACUCAGAACCUGCUCAAAAGAGCUAGUAUGUAUGAAGAUUCUGAAACUGGGAAUAUGCACACAGUCAUAAAGGAUAAAAAUACUACUUUCUGUAUUUGGGUCAAUCUGAAGAAGAAAGCAAGCUUCGAGAGCUUCGUGUUCCAGGAGGCAGGGCACGGCUUUGUGCUGCCCACAUCCCUGGCUCUGCUCAGCGUGGCCGUUCGCGUGCUGCACACCCCCUACGACCACCUGUCCCCCCUGUGGGUGCAGUGCCAAGGGCUGCCCAGGCAGGAGGCCUCAGGCAGCAGGGACUCAGCUGAGCAUCCACAAGGCACUGCACAGGAACCAGGAGAGGAGGAGGAGGAGGAGGAAGGCAGGGAAGAACCCAGUGUGCCUCCCGCAGAAGAAACAUCUUCUAAGGAGAGAAAGAGUUCUGCCUCACUGAAUGAAAACAGCAAUAACACAGAUGAUAUAAAAGAGACAGAGGAGGAAACUGAGAAGAAUUCAGACAUGUUGGAUGAGCUAUCACAAGAGGGCGAUGCGCCGCUGCAGGAGGCCCCAGGAGGCGGAGCAGAGGCCCCCGAGGUUGUUGAUCUGCAGCAGCUGCUGCCCCUGGGCGGUGUGUACCACAUCCAGGCCCUGCAGCUGCCGCCCCAGGCCCGGGACGUCGGGGACUGGAGCGUGGUGGAGCUGCUGGAUGUUGGACUGGAGGUGUAUCCAUAUUCCCCAGAAGUGGCUGAAGAUGGCACACAAGCACCAGUACAGAUAACCCUGAGGCUUCCUGAUAAUGUGAUUUAUUUUCAAGUGCCUGUUGUUGCCCGAUGGGAUCCUGCAGGCCAGCAGUGGAGAACUGAUGGCAUCAGCAACACGACCUACGAAGCAGAAGAAAAGAGCAUCACCUUUGGGAUGGGUGCCUUUUACACAGUAGCCCUUCUCCAGGAUGCUCACCUGAACCUGCCCUAUCAGGCCUGGGAAUGGCACCCUACUGCUGUGGAUGAAGGACUCUUCACAGUCACUGCAGUCUUUGCAACCAUUCAGAUACAAAUUAAGGAUAACCAGUGUAUGUUGUCUUCAGUAGUGGUGGAAGAGGAGGAGGUGCUUUCCCACAUCACAGGAAAGUGGAUGAGCCCUUUUGGCCUCAGAGCAGCUCUGAAAAGAGCUGGAGUGAACAUUUUCCCAGCAGAGUACUCUCCUGAGUAUGUCCCUGUGCCCACAAAGGCUGCCCUGGCAGAAGUGAAGGCCUAUGAACAGAUGGCUCUGCUUGCAGCUGCUUUUGCUUUUGCUCACAGCAAGUGGAAUGGAGAAGCAGGGCCAGGGCAAGUCGUGUUCAAGGUGAGUGAACACCUUACAGCAGGUUCUGCCCAAGACAACGACUGGUCUCUUUACAUGUUCAGUGAUGAGAAAGUACAAAACCUGAAGCUCACUGAAACCAGUGAAGCUUUUUCAGAAGAGCUGGAAGAGGGGUCUGAAUUUCACUCCACACUCUACCAUAUGCUGAAGGAUUCUGCCAGCAGUGAAGCCAUGGAUAAAGUGGAAAGAGCUGGCUUCAAGUUUAUUGAUUCUGUGUAUCAGCUGCUCCUUGCUACCAGAGUUUUAGCAUACUCUUAGAUACUGCAUGCUUUCCUUUAAAACUUUAUUAUCAAAAGCUUUCAAUAAAGUUACAUGUUACAUUUCAAGUCUUAAAUCCUUUUCUAUUCAAAUCAUUGAAACAGGUUCUAAAAUGAAAACAUUUUAGAUGAGAACAUCUUUGUUCAAGCAAAAGAAAUUCUUUAUUCUCUUGUGGCUAGACCACCUAGACAUGUUUUGUAGAACAAAAUGUAACUCUCAAUAGAACUGAGACCCUUUCAGCUACUUUUAAAGAUAACUUUUGUCAGAAUGGGAAAAAGAUUUUUCUUUUCCAUUUCAAGUCAUGCUUUAAAGAAAAAGAGUUCAUCUCUCCUCCAAAAUACGCAGAACCCACAGAGCCACCCCAGACGUGUAACCUGAAGCGCAGCCCCGGCUCCCGCCCUGCCGGUCACACCGGGGGAGGGCCCUUGUGCUGCAGGCCUGUGUAGGGCCACAGCAGCUGCUGCACCGCUGUCCACGAGUCCCCGGUGCCCGCAGGGGCCGCUUCCGCCGGCCUCUGCAGGGACAGCCCCGUCAGGAAGCUCGUCAGGGCGGCCAGCAGCACCAGCACCGACACCGACACCCAGAGCGUUUUGUUGGCGUUGCAAAAGGAGGCCUUGAGGUGGGAUGCCCACGCUGACAUCAAAGUGUACCUGGGCAGGGCAGGAAAGCACAGAGCCCUUCAGUGUUCCUUCAAAACGUGCAGCUCCUCCCACCCCACCCCAGACAGCCUCAAAGCAAACUGGAUCCCACAACCAUCACAAGUGCCAGGUGUUCUGUUCUGGGAGCUGGGCAGGGGGAGCUUUGGUUCUGGGUAUGAAACAGCCAAGGAAGGAAAUCCCAGCUCACCAGUCCAUGCAUGCUCCCUCUGCCUCACACUGGGUUCCCAGAGAGCAUUUCCCAGUCUCUGGUCACUGCUGCAACAAUCUAAAGAGAAAAGACCCCGGGGAAGCCACGACGUCUCCACUUGCACCGUUUUCCUACCAAGCACUCUGGAGUGACUGCAGUGACAGCUGAGGAUGGAGAGAGACUUUGGAUGAGGUGAAGAGACUUGGAGAGCCCAUCUUCCACAACGAUGCUUGUUUGAAGCAAGUUUGAAUACUUGAAUAAGAAAGCAAGUUUGACUACCUGAAACUAAAGGCUAAUUUUACCAGACCACUGUAUAGACAAAAUACAGAUGACAGUGUUUAGAAAGCUGAAUACUGAUGACCACACACAGAAACUGAAUUCAAAACUGAAUUUAUACCAAUUGUUUUUAUUAGGUAUCAGCAGUUUACAAAUUUGAAUUAAGAAAAUUACAGAAUAGAAUCAACUUGAAUUCAUUCUUGGUUGUAAAGGUUUUUCUUUAAGGUCGUAAUAAUUUUUAUGCAGGAUGUCAUCAGCAGUAAAUUCUAGACUGUCUAAAACACAGCCUCACUAUUUCCUUAUUCAAUAAUUGAUAAUUUAUCAAAAAUCUAAGUUUGUGCUAAACAUUUUAACAAGUAUUUAAUUAACUACUCUAUGAGGCCCUUAGUAUAUUUCAAGUUUUUAUUUUUACACCUUACAGAAUUUUUAAAAGCACUUAAGGAUUCUAUAUUGCAAUUUUUUUUGUAACUUUCAAAACUAGGAAUAAAUAGACUAUUCCCAUAACAAGGUGAAAUCCACUAUUCAGUAUUACCACAUUUUGACUUCUCCACACUUCACACCUAAGCACAGGACCUUCUAUAGCUGGAAUACUGUUUUAAACCACUAACUCCCCCCCACUUUAAUGCACAUCAAUUUAAGGACUUCAAGAGCUUUUACUUCCUGGCAAGCACAGGUUUAAUUUAAAUGUAUAUUUUGCUACAGUCUACUAAACACCACCACCUCCUUUCUCUUUCCUGCCCCCCAGACAGAGCCAGUAAUACAAUAAAGCUCCCAGCUUAUCUAACAAUAAGGUUGCUAAGAAAUAAAGAC